GUUCCUUCGAGCGCUGGGCUCGGACAGACGUAGCCGGCCGCGAAGGCGCCCAGACGGCAAUCCAGAGACUCAUGCUGAAGUGAGCGCUCGGGUCAGCGAGAUGCUGGCGCUGCUGACGGCCGGCGUGGCGCUCGCCGUGGCCGCGGGAGGAGCCCAGGACAGUCCGAUACCUGGCAGUCGCUUCGUGUGCACCGCGUUGCCCCCCGAAGCGGCGCGCGCCGGCUGCCCGUUGCCCGCGAUGCCCAUGCAGGGCGGCACGAUGAGCCCCGAGGAGGAGUUACGUGCCGCUGUGCUCCAGCUGCGAGAGACCGUCCUGCAGCAGAAGGAGACCCUGAAUGCCCAGCGCGAGGCCAUCCGAGAGCUCACCGGCAAGCUGGCCCGCUGUGAGGGGCUGGCAGGCGGCAAGGCGCGCGGCGCGGGGGCCACGGGCAAGGACACCAUGGGCGACUUGCCGCGGGACCCGGGCCACGUCGUGGAACAGCUUAGCCGCUCGCUGCAGACCCUCAAGGACCGCUUGGAGAACCUCGAGCUACAGCUCCGCACAAAUGCAUCUAACGCGGGGCUGCCAAGCGACUUUCGAGAGGUGCUCCAGCGGAGGCUCGGGGAGCUGGAGAGGCAGUUGCUGCGCAAGGUGGCCGAGCUGGAGGAUGAGAAGUCCCUGCUCCACAAUGAGACAUCAGCUCACCGACAGAAGACAGAGAGUACACUGAACGCGCUGCUGCAGAGGGUGACUGAGCUGGAGCGAGGCAACAGUGCAUUCAAGUCACCAGAUGCAUUCAAAGUGUCCCUUCCUCUCCGCACAAACUACCUGUAUGGCAAGAUCAAGAAGACAUUGCCCGAGCUCUACGCCUUUACCAUCUGCCUGUGGCUGCGAUCCAGUGCCUCGCCAGGCAUCGGCACACCAUUCUCCUACGCUGUACCUGGGCAAGCCAAUGAGAUUGUACUGAUAGAGUGGGGUAAUAAUCCCAUUGAGCUGCUCAUCAACGACAAGGUCGCACAGCUGCCCUUGUUUGUUAGUGAUGGCAAGUGGCACCACAUCUGCAUCACCUGGACCACUCGAGAUGGCAUGUGGGAAGCAUUCCAGGAUGGGGAGAAACUCGGUACUGGGGAGAACCUGGCACCCUGGCAUCCCAUCAAGCCUGGAGGUGUGCUCAUCCUGGGACAGGAGCAGGACACCGUAGGUGGCAGAUUUGAUGCCACACAGGCCUUUGUUGGAGAGCUUAGCCAGUUCAACAUAUGGGAUCGUGUCCUCCGGGCACAGGAAAUCAUCAACAUUGCCAACUGCUCCACGAACAUGCCUGGAAAUAUCAUCCCAUGGGUGGACAACAAUGUCGACGUGUUUGGAGGGGCUUCCAAGUGGCCUGUGGAGACCUGUGAGGAGCGUCUCCUGGAUUUGUAGCUACCUUCUCCCCAUCCAGGAGGCCAUGAUGUGGCUGUUCUAAGGAGUUCAGCUGAAACCUCUGGCCUGAACAGAAAAGAAUCAGAGCCUAUUCCUAGGAAGCCUUCAAGGCAGGCUGUGUGGCCACCCUUGUCUUAGGCUCAUUUGUUCUUUCUCACAGUUUUGUCGUUUUCUGGGGGGGAGGGCGGGUAGUACCAGAAUCCCUUGGGAAGAGUCCUGAGCCUUCCUUCUAUUAAACUCUGUGAGCCCUUCCUCCAGCCCCCGUAAAUGCUAGUGGAACCCAGUCCUACCUGUCCUUU